AUGUCCUUUACAGAGGGUAACUCUCAUUUUGAUCAAUUUCUCCAAAGUCAAGAGUCAUCCGUGGUGAACAAGUUCCAGCAGAAAUACUGGAAAACCAAACAAACGCUCAUCAAAGUCACUGGAAAGAAGGAGGAUGAACAUGUCGUUGCUUCGGAUGCAGAUCUGGAUGCUAAACUCGAGGUGUUUCAUUCAGUACAGAGAACAUGCAUGGAGCUCCUUAAGGUGAUCGAACAGUAUCAACGGAGGAUCAGCCUUUUGUCCCAGGAGGAGAAUGAACUGGGUCGGUUUCUGCGUUCACAAGGCUCUCAGGACAAAAGUCGUGCUGGAAAGAUCAUGCAAGCUACCGGAAAAGCACUCUGCUUCUCUUCCCAACAAAGGUUGGCAUUGCGAGGGCCACUGGGUCGCCUUUACCAGGAGGUGGAGACCUUUCGUUACCGAGCCAUUUCAGACACAUGGCUGACGGUGAACCGGAUGGAGCAGUCGCGCACUGAGUACAGAGGAGCACUGCUCUGGAUGAAGGACGUUUCUCAGGAGCUCGACCCGGACACACACAAGCAGAUGGAGAAGUUUCGGAAGGUUCAAACUCAGGUUCGUCAUACCAAGACAAGUUUUGACAAACUGAAGAACGACGUGUGUCAGAAGGUUGAUCUGCUGGGAGCCAGUCGCUGUAAUCUGCUGUCACACGUCCUGACAACCUAUCAGACCACACUGCUGCAUUUCUGGGAGAAAACCUCUCACACGAUGGCUGCUAUUCAUGAGAGUUUCAAAGGCUGUCAGACACACGAGACUUCAGCGAUACAGGGUUCGGAUCAAGUGGCAAAGAAAAAAAUGAAGAAGAAAAGCAAAGCACAAGCAGACGACGAGGAGAUGGGUCACACUACAGAGGAAACGCUUAUUUCUCUUGAACAAGAAACUCAGAGCAGCAACACCACGCUAACAGGAGCUGACGAGGGUUUGUCUGACGGUUUGAGUUUGCUGGAUGACAUUCUGGGCAGCAGCUCAUUAGAGGACGGGGGUUUCUCUCAGAAAUGGCAUGAGGUGUUUGGAGAAGAUGAAGAUCUGUCCUGCAGUAACCAAGCAGAGACGCAGACCACCGAUGAAGAGGCUGAUUUCUUUCUGCCUUCUAAACUACUGGACCAGAACAUGAACAACCUGCAGUCCACAGUCUCAGGUUCUUUAUCAGCCAUUCUUCAGAAUAAUCCUGGAAGCUCAUCUGUAGCCGGUCAAAACUCUUCCAAACCUGCAGUGAACGAAUCCUCCAAAGAUCUGUCAGCGUGGUUCAGUCUGUUUGCUGAUCUGGAUCCGCUGGCCAAUCCGGAUGCGAUCGGCCGGAGUGGAGCCGACCACGACCUGCUGACUGCUUGAAAACACACGCACACACUUCAUGAAGAAACACCUGCUGCCAAAGGAAAACAACCUUCAUCAUCAUCAUUAUCGUCAUUUCCCUCUGCUGCUUUAUCAAGCAUCUGAUUUACUGUAUUACAGAGAUGUAAACAUCCUGACAUCACCUUAGCUAAAGAUCCUGAUAUCGCAUGAUUUCAGACAUUUUAUCAUUAUUUAUUUUAGAUGUUCAGCCGUGAUCUGUUUGUUUUGAAAGUGCUCAAACUGGAUUUAAUGCAUGAAUCUUUUUAUUAGUAUUUAUUUGAAAAUGAUCAAUCCUGAUCUGUGAUGAGUCCAAGCAUUUUUUUAAAAGGUGUUUCCUUAAACUACAUUCAUUAUUUAUUUGUUAUUAUUUAUUUAAAGCGUUCAAAAGUCCGUCAUUAGUUCUGAAAGUGAAGCAUGUUUACAAACGAUUUGUUUUUCCCUUUUUCAACUGUAGCGAAAGGAACUAAUACUAAUGCUGCAUUUCUGAAGCCUUAAUACGUGAGUCUUUGAAUUGAUUAGUUUGAAUGAACAUAAGCUGAUAUGAAACCAGCUAUUAAUGUAUAAAUAUGUAAUGUUACUCUAUUCAUUUUCUGCACUCUUGCUUCUGGAAGUUUUUCUUUUUCAAAACCAAAUAAUAAUUAAAAAAUCACCACAAAACUCUUGCUAGAUCUGUUUAAAAAUGUUCAUUGUUUUAAAUAUGUGUUGUUUUACCUCCAGAAUCUGGAUAUUGUACUAUUAUGUCAGCAAUGCCGUCAAAAAAGGGCCUUUGAUUAAUGAAACCGUUGAUUAUAUUUAAUUUAUUAGUGCUGUAUAUGUUUGUGUGCCUGAGCAUUAUAUGAAAUGACCUGGAUAUUUUCUUUCUUAACCCUAAGUCACACAUAUUAUAACCUGCAAACAUGCGAGUGCAAUAAAAUGUAAUUGACUUUUCUUUGUUAACGUUAAUUCACACACUAAAUAAAUCAGCCUUACUGAAGUCAGAGCUUAUUCCAGAUGCAAACAGAAUACUACAUCAAAUAUAGCCAUGUCAUGUUGACAAACAUUUGUUGUUUUGUUUACAAAUUUCUCCAUUGAUAAUAUGGCUGUAACCCUAAACUGCAUGUAAUGAAAUUAAUAA